GUGAGGCGGGGAAUUCAAGCUUAUUAAAGGAAGAGGGAAGCCCGCAAAGAAGUUCAGACAAGAGCAAGGGGACAGUGGUGCAGAUCCAGCUAGGAGGCUUCUCAAGGGCUCGAAGACUCGUCGGAAGAGGGCACACUGCAAAGAGGAUGGGGCAGGAGGUGUCCACCAGGCAGCCCAAGUUGUGAAUGGGAAAGCAGAGUAGUAUCUAAUGGAGGGAAAGAAACGAGAUGGCAAAUGGCUUCUACAUUACCUGGAUGCAUCACUCCAAGGCCCUUGAUUUUAGAGCUUUUUUAAAUUAAGCUUUCUAAACUGUAAGGGUCUGUUAGUGAGCCUGCAUUAGGUGUUUACACCAACCUUUUGCCAGCUACCACCAGCUUCUUGCCCCAAAGAGGAAUUGGAUUAGUUUUUCUGACCCUGGUAAAACACCAGGGCCUUGAUCUAGUGUGGUGUGGGUUCUUAAUUUUUAUAAGGAACUCUAUUUAAAAAAAAAAAAAACUUUUUAAUGCUCGCUUUGUUUUAAGAAGAAGCUUGACAUUCUUCAAUAGGCUGCUGAGAAAAACAUCAGAAACUGCUGAAGAUACACUGGAGAAGUACUUUCUGCAGUCCAUUUUCUUUGUGAAAUUCUCUCAGGAAUACCAGCCACUGGGAAGGUCCACAGCUUAAUUUGCUUCUUGCUCUUGAGACGUCCCUGGUGACACCUAUAUCUAAAGGUCUGUCUGUCUAGAAACUAAUUCUUUUCAACACUGUAUCAAAGAAUGGCUGACUGCCCACUUCGAUUUUUGGCCAUGGGGCUGCUGGCAGUGGCAUUUUGUGCAGGCUCAAUGGAAAAUGAGCAACAUGGCAGCAGAAGGAGCCAGGGGAAGAAAUCUCAACUGAAUAACCAUCUCACGGGACGAAGACCAGGCAGCCUUUCCUUGCCAUCAUCCAAUGACUCGGAAACGAGUGUAGGAAAGAUUAGCAGCACUGACUCCCGGCAUGCCUGGAUGCUCCUACUGAAGCAAUCAAAUAAAGGGGUGAACAGCAAAAAAAGGUGCAAAAACAAAUCCCCAAAGUUCAAGUUUGGCAUUCCAGGUCCCCCAGGGCCUUCUGGUCCACCAGGACCCCCUGGAGGUGUAAUCACUCAGGAGGAACUAUUGAGGGAAUUCCGAUUGCUGCUGAAAGGAAUAAUCAGGGAGAAAGAAAGGAUUAAUCUCAAAACCUGUGACAACUGCCCAGACGAAGAGAAUAGGUACAGAGAAGAAGAGAACUUAUUGGCCCGGAUUACUGGCCAACUGCUAGAAAGCAACGAGCAUGGACAAGUAGAGGCAGCAUUCUACUGCCGGACCCGGAAGAAUGUUUCAAUUGAACGACGAUCCCUGCAAGAGCUUCAGCUCUAUUUCAUACCUAAAAAGGGGGAAAUAUUUCAGCGUGGCCUUGGGCUAAACCUUACCAAUGGGCAAUAUGUAGCCCCUCUCAGUGGAUACUACAUCUUCAAGGCCACACUGCAUGUUGUUCAUGGGGAUCAUCAAAAGAAAAGCCAGCCACGUGCUCGAGACAGACUGCGCUUGCUGAUCUGUGUCCAGUCACUCUGCCACCAGAACAUUUCUCUGGAGACAGUGAGUAGUGUUGAUGGAAACCGUGAAUAUUUCACUAUUUCAGUGAAUGGAAUUCUCUUCUUGCAGGCUGGCCAGUAUGCUUCAGUUUUCAUGGACAAUGCAACAGGAUCUGCUCUCACUGUCCGAAAUGGGUCAGACUUCAGUGGUGUCCUCUUGGGUGUUUGAUUGGCUCGCAGCUGCUUAUCGCUAAGCUGAAAUGUUGCUUUUUGUCAGUCCAAAGCUAAGUUUGUCCCCUUCAGUCAAAUGCAAGUUUGGCAACAGAAGGCAGCAACUUUCUUGUUUGUGCAAGCAAACCUCAAGUUUACCGCUCGCUAGCUCAGCAUAGCAAGGUGAAGAAAAAGCAGGAAGAGAGGUGGAGCAAAAGGAUGCUGAAACGCAUUUGUAGAAGAAAAACACCAACAUGGAUGCAGCUAACAGUUUUUCAUUAUUGACAGUCUAUGGUUUGACGUUUGUUUCACAGUUGAUUCUUAGUGGUGGAUCUCAUAAUAGUUUAUCCACAGAAAGUGCAUAUUGUUUCCUGCUCAGCACCAGAUAUAAAAAUAUCACUUUUAGGAGAUGCCUCUACUAUCUUAUGAACAGAGGAAGCUGCUUUAUACUGAAUCAGACCAUUGGUCCAUCUACAGUAGCCGACCAGCAGCAGGACCUCCAAAGUUUCAGGCAGGAAUCUCCCCGAGCCCUACCUGGAGAUGCCAGGGAUUGAACCUGGGACCUUCUGCAUGCACAUAUAAAGUAGCUUUGUAUCUUCCACUUGCCUGGCAAUCACUCCACCCAGAUGUGGAACACUCACAGCAUUAUGCUGGAUGGUGCAUAGCCAUUGCUAGCUUCCAGCUAACUUGCUUACUGCCCUAAUUUGUUAGGCACCUGCUACCACAGUUGGUUCAGUUUUGACAGAGAUUCUUCCUAAAGGAUCUCUGUUGUGUUAAACUAAUUGGAUCAUCUCUUCCUGGUGGCACUGAGCCCAGUAAACAGAGGAAGUAUACACUUAGAAGCCAAUUAAAAGUUUGUCUCAGAGCAAGUUUACAAUUGUGUGCUCAAACAUCAACCGAUUAUGUGAACUGGGGGGUGUCCAUUUCUUAGUUAGCCUUAUUUUCUACAGGGCUGCCAGAACUGCAGAGAGAUAUCCAAGAAUUAUAGAACACAGCCUAGCACCACUCUCUAUGACUACUGCAAGCUGGGCACGUAGGCAGGCAUUUGAAGUGUACUUGUACUUUGAAUAUAUAUAUAUAUAAAUAUUCUCAGAGAGAUUGGGGGGAACCUUAUCUAUUUUGGCAUGAGGAUACUUCUGUAACAGGCCUCUCCAGCUGCAAGAGUUUUACAUAACCACUCCCUAAAAGCUAAACACAUACACAUUGGAACUUAUGAUAUAAAGUUAGCAUCUACUGGUGCUAGAAUGAA